CAGAGAGCAUUUGUUAUGGAAGUCAUGGGAAGACAUUGUGGGUACUUGGCACUGGUAGCUGCCUUGGCCAGUGGAGCCAGCUGGGUGUUCAUUCCUGAGGCUCCACCAGAGGAAAACUGGGAAGAUAAAUUCUGCGACUUCUUGGCACAGGAGAGACAGCUGGGCCGCAGGCUGAAUAUUAUCAUAGUGGCUGAGGGGGCCAUAGAUGUCAAUGGUAGUCCUAUUACAGCUACUGGGGUGCAGCAACUGAUCACCAGUAGGCUGAAGUUUGACACCAGGGUCACUGUUCUUGGUCAUGUACAGAGAGGAGGGAGCCCUUCUGCUUUUGACAGAAUUUUGAGUACCAGAAUGGGUGCUGAGGCAGUUCUGGCCCUGAUGGAGGCCACUCCUGAGACUCCAGCCUGUGUGGUCUCCCUUGAUGGCAAUCAGACCGUGAGAGUACCACUGAUGCAGUGUGUGGAGAGGACCCAGAUGGUGCAAAAAGCCAUGAAUGCGAAGAAGUUUGAUCUGGCUCAGCGAUUGCGUGGAAGGAGCUUCCAAAGUAACCUAUUUACGUACAAAAGUCUGAGGAAACUUCGCCCGCCUCCAGCUUCAGCCUGCAAUCCUGAAGGAACUUGUCAGAAACCAUUCAACCUGGCAGUGAUGAACAUUGGUGCCCCUGCAGCAGGGAUGAAUGCCUGUAUGAGGGCCUUUGUUAGGAUAGCCCAGACAGCUGGCUACACUGUGCUGGGUAUUAUAGAUGGCUUUGAAGGCCUUUGUGAGGAUAAUGUGCGCCCCAUAAGCUGGAUGGAGGUCCACAACUGGGUGGGGCAAGGAGGCUCUAAUAUUGGCACCAAGAGGAUUCUUGCCAGUGAGAAAGGUUAUGAAGAUGUUGCCAACAAACUUAAACAGCAUAAUGUCCAUGGUCUGUUAGUGAUUGGAGGGUUUGAGGCAUUUCACAGUGUGUUAAAGAUGGCAGAAAUGCGGGAGAAAUUCGAUGGAUUCUGUAUCCCAAUGAUGGUGAUCCCUUGUACUAUAAGCAAUAACGUCCCUGGCACAGACUUCAGUCUGGGCUGUGAUACUGCGCUCAACGAGAUUGCUGAUAUAUGUGAUAGAAUCAAACAGUCAGCCACAGGAACAAAGAGGCGUGUCUUCGUGGUGGAGACCAUGGGGGGUCACUGUGGUUACCUAGCAACUCUCAGUGGAUUGGCAGGAGGUGCUGAUGCUGCCUAUAUAUUUGAGGAACCAUUUGGUAUUAAGGACUUACAGAAUGAUGUCAUCCAUAUACGUGCCAAAAUCAAAGAUGGUGUACAGAGGGGUCUCAUUAUUAGAAAUGAAAAAGCCAACAGUAACUACACCACAGACUUCAUCCACCAGCUGUACUCUGAGGAGGGCAAGGAUACCUUCACCUGCAGGAAAAAUGUGCUAGGACACAUGCAACAGGGAGGAGCUCCGUCUCCAUUUGACAGAAAUCUGGGGACAAAGUUUGGCUGCCGAGCUGCAGAGUAUCUGUCCAAACAAGUGUCUGAAAGUGUAGUGGACGGUAAGACUUUUACAGCCCCUGGGACAGCCAGUGUUCUGGGUGUGGUCAGGAGACAGAUGAUAGUGACACCUAUGGCUGUGUUGGGAAGCAUCACCGACUUCAAAUAUCGUAUCCCCAAACAGCAAUGGUGGCUGAAGCUACGCCCUCUGCUACGAAUCAUGGCCAAGCACGAGUCCCAGUACGAGAUGGAAGGAAUCAACCUCAAGAGCGUGGAGAGCACGGAUGAGUCGGACGAUGUUGUACUCCAGGCUGGCGUAGGCAUCCAAUGAUUUCACCGCUGUUUUUUUAUUGUUUCAAGAUGGCUUUGAGAAGUUCUUGUGGUCAUAAAAACCUCUCAGCAUAAGGAGAGCUGUGAGUCAUGAAGAGGAUCAAUAUAGUUCUCCCUGAUUUUUGCCCCCGUUGGAAAGAAACCUCUCCAGCCUUCAUCCACAAUUUGAAAACCGUCAACAUGCCAUAAAUGUCGCAUGUAUUUGAAAACUUUUUGUGAAUUCCAGUCGGACUGUGAAUACUCGUGUGUGAAUUUUUUUUUUUAAAGCUUGUUGUGACAAAAAAGUUGUCAACUGUAGAACCUCUAAAUAAUAUUCGGAUUUUAGAAACUGCUGUGUUUGUAUAAAUAGUGUAAGAAAAAGUGUACAAAGUUGCAUUAAUCAAAGCGAUGUGUAAUUGAUAUCAUGCUGUUUAUCAUGUUUUGCUCUGAUUAUGGGCUUUUUCACAUUUUUUAAAAAAUUGAGCAGUGUAAAAAGUCUCUGGUAUUAUAGGUGCAUGAUUAUUGCCAGACAUUAUAUUCAAAGUUUGCACAAAUCUCUAAGUUUAAUCUCAAAUUUGUAUGAAUUUCAGUUGUAAAAUUCAAAAAGGUGCCAGUUUGAAUUAUUGCAGUAACUUUUAAUCAUUUCUAUCACCAUUUCACUUUACUUAAGCACAAAAUCUUGUAUGUU